GCCGGCGGGAGGUGAAUCCGGGAGCCUUGGGGCUUCGCCUUCAGGCGACGUGAAGUGGCGGAAGCGCCGGCUGUUUGGGAUCCCGGGUCCUGGGACGCGUUUCUUGGGGCCCAAGAGGACUCAGGUCUGGGGGUGAGAGGAGCUCCAGUCAGGAUGAUCGAGGUUGUUUGCAACGACCGUCUGGGGAAGAAAGUCCGCGUUAAGUGCAACACCGAUGACACCAUCGGGGACCUUAAGAAACUGAUCGCGGCCCAAACUGGCACCCGUUGGAACAAGAUUGUUCUUAAGAAGUGGUACACGAUUUUUAAGGACCACGUGUCUCUGGGGGACUAUGAAAUUCACGAUGGGAUGAACCUGGAGCUUUAUUACCAAUAGAGCAGAAUUCCUUCCCCCCUGUCCUAUGCUCACCUCUCACACUGGUGUGGAUACUUGUUUUUAAAAAUUCACAUUAAUAAAGACUUAGAUGCUG